GAGGGCUAGGGGCGGCGUUUGGGACACAAGGACAGCUGUCGGUAGUGGAAAGGGCAACCGCCGGGCAGCGCCAUAUUUUUCUGUUUUGUUUCACAUAGGUGGAGCGCAGAGCCUGUGUCAUGGAGGAUAAAGAGAGUAAAGAGCCUGAACAACUGAGGAAGCUGUUUAUUGGUGGUUUAAGCUUUGAGACAACAGAAGAAAGUUUACGUGCCCACUUUGAGCAAUGGGGAAAGCUCACAGACUGUGUGGUGAUGCGCGAUCCAGGGAACAAGCGCUCACGGGGUUUUGGCUUCGUAACAUACUCCUGUGUAGCUGAGGUGGACGCAGCCAUGGCAGCUCGACCCCAUAAAGUGGAUGGGCGUGUCGUAGAGCCUAAACGGGCGGUUUCCCGAGAGGACUCCAACAAACCAGGGGCUCAUCUUACAGUGAAAAAGAUUUUUGUUGGUGGGAUUAAGGAGGACACUGAGGAGUAUCACAUACGCGAUUACUUUGAGCAGCAUGGGAAGAUUGAGAGCAUUGACAUUAUGGAGGAGCGAUCAUCAGGGAAAAAGAGAGGGUUUUGUUUUGUAACUUUUGAUGAUCAUGACACUGUGGAUAAAAUUGUAGCUCAAAAAUACCACACCAUAAACUCCCAUAACUGUGAAGUCAGGAAAGCACUACCUAAACAGGAAAUGCAGGCAGUUUCUAGGUAUCGUGGUGGUGGUGGAGGAGGUAAUUUCAUGGGGAGAGGAGGCAAUUUUGGAGGUGGCAACUUUGGUAGAGGUGGUUAUGGAGGUGACAGAGGAGGAUAUGGCGGAGAUGGUUAUGAUGGAUUUGGUGAUGGUGGGAACUACGGCGGGGGCCCAGGUUAUGGUGGUGGGCGUGGAGGAUUUGGGGGCGGUCCUGGUUACGGUCACCAGGGAGGAGGGGGAGGAGGCGGUGGUUAUGGAGGAGGAGGAUAUGACAACUACGAUGGACGCAACUUUAGCGGGAAUUUUGGUGGCGGAGGUGGAAACUACAAUGACUUUGGGAGUUAUGGGGGGCAACAGUCAAACUAUGGCCCUAUGAAAGGAAAUAACUAUGGAGGGAGGAACUCAGGUGGACCAUAUGGAGGUAAACAUUUAUAUCAGACUGCACCAUACAGUCGAAUGCAAUAUAGGAGGUGGAUUAGAAUGUUGGGGCUUUCUCUAUUCUCAGGUGGAUAUGGCUCAGGGGGUGGUGGCGGUGGCAACUAUGGUUCAAGGCGAUAUUAAACCAUGUAUAUUUAUGGCUUCAGGUGGACAGUUAGCAGGAGAUGAGAUGAGUGGAGAGGAGAGGUCAGGAAAGCAGCAGGUUACUGUGAGAAAGCCAGGACCUGCUAGUCAGAGCACUAUAAAUGGAGACAUAAAGAAGGACUGUUUGCACUAGCUACAAUGAGCAAGAGUGUAGUCAGGUACUCAUAACCUAGUAUGUGUCAGUGUAUGUACAUUCCUUUAAUCUUCUUUGCUAGAUUUUUACGCCUUCCCGUUUUGUUAAUUUGUUUUGCCCAUUUCCGAAACCUCUUCUCUUUUUAAGAGUGAUGUACGUGUCAUAGAUGUUAAAGUAAGCUUUUGAAUUACAUGGUCUUAAAUGACUCUCUUUAGACUAUUGAACUUAUAAAUUAGGUUUGUAGCCAUUCUGUUAUUAAAAAGUAAAAAAAAAAAAUAGCUGCCAACUAUGGUAUGAUUUUUGGUUACCGUUAUUUUGGUUUCAUGGCAGUGAUGCUCAUCAGUGUCAAGUGUAAUUUUCUGUUAGUGUGAUUGUGCUGUCUUGUGUUGUAUGCAAAAAAAAGUUAUUAGCAGUAUAGAUUUGUCAGAUUGAAGGGCAUGUAACAGAUCCAUUUGUAUAAACAGAAGUCUAGAUUGUUAAACUACUUUGACAAGUGAAAAAAGAAACCAGAUUAAAUAAAAUGUAGAAAAAUCCCUAAACAAAGUUUAGUGCAUCAUUGAGUCUGGAAGAAAGUGCAGUUUUGAGUGUUUGGUGAAUGUGUCCUCAUGGAAGUGUAGCCAAUGAACCAAGACAUUUCAGCACUUUUUGCCUUUAAAAUAUCAGUUGCUCUUAUGUUUGAGCAAAGGUGUGUUGAGAUCUAGCCGAAGGCCACCUAACAGGUCUCAGUUGCCCAGUGUGGAUGUAAGACAGUACCUCAACUGGACCAGUCAGCGAGUUGUGUCAGAAAAAAGGAGGGAGAAAAAAACAAGGGCGCACCAAGAGCCAAGUCUGUGGAGCAAAACCAUCAGGUGUCAUGCCAGAAAGCUAGCAUCUAUUUUUUCCAAAACUAGCCUAAACUCCAAGAGCAGCUGAUGCUAGUGAAGAAAGCCUAGCGAGUACCUGGACCCAAGAGAUGUGACAGCCAAUGCUAGCCAGCAAAGGAAGGGGAAUGAGUAUGAGGGCUUAAGACACAGGUGAAUAAAAGACAGCAGAAGAAGGAAAUGACAUGUCUUAGGACCAGGUAAGAGUAACCAUUCUGCUUAAUUUACAGAUUGAAACUGAAGUGGCUGCACGGCAAAUCUUGUAUGACACGUUUUCAACGAAAAGUCUGGAUGGGUAAGAUUGAUUCCUCAAAGUAUGUGUGGAGAAAUUUUACAGUAUCCUCCCAUAGCCAUAGACACCCUGAGCUAGAAACUACCUAAAAUUCGAAACUUCUAGUAGUAGAAUACUUAAUAGCAGAUUUUGUUGAUUUUUAUUUAUAUAUUUUUUUAAAGACCCAGAACGAGUUAAAUACUUUUCAGGGAUUGCAUUCGAGUUCCAAAUUUCAAAUGUAACAAUUAUUCUGCUUCAGAAAGAUUAAGUAUUCGGUAUGAAAUUCUAUGUUUGUAAUAUUGUGUGAAAGCCUUCAGUAUUUAGCAUUCUAGCGAAAUAAACAAUUAUUACCCCUACAAAAGUAAAAUAUCUUCUCAGCUCCCAGGCCAGAAAGUAUAAGAAAUACUUUUGAGUAUUUAAUUCUAGAGUUAUUAAAUGUUUUUCUGCUUAAGUAAACCAGAGCUAAAUUAUCAACUAAUUAAAAAUGCAAUAGUGCCCUAGGACCAAGGCUGAGAAUUAAUGGCUAUAUAAAAUGAGAACAAUAAAAGUAGAUUAAAAGUAUAACUAAUAUAUAUAAGUCUGAGGUACAAUUUUCACAGGUCAAUAAUAUUAAUAGGCCUAAGCAUUCAAAUCAGAAAGUGCUGGCAGCGAAGUUCACAUUGCAUUUUUAUUUAAUAGUUUUGUAUUUUUGUAAGUUAACUCAAUAUUGGGUAUCACACCCAUAUGGGAGUUUGGAACCCCCUUUUGCUCUUUAUAUGAACAAUUUUCUGAAAAAUUUUCCUUCCAUUAGAUUUUGGAGCAUGGCUAUGAGGACUUUUUUUUUCUCAUUUGGCUCUAAGAGCAUUAGUGAAGUGAAGGCCUGGGGCACAUUGAGCAUUCUUUUUCUUCCCUCUGGUGUCCAGAGGUCAGGGUUUUCAGCAGGCCACUUAAGUUCUACUCCAGCCUUGGCAAACCGCAUAUUGCUUUGGGCACAGGGUUACAGCAAACAUAAUUUAUACAGUGUUGUGCUGUGUGUUAGCAGUUCAAGGAUGAACUACAUACAAUAUUAUGUUAAUGGUUUGGUGUCUGCAAACAUUUUGUUUAAAAUAUAACAUGAUAAUUUUUUUAAAUAGUUUCCUUUGGCAGAAGAAUUUAGAGUGUUUCUUUAGAGUUAAAAUUGUAUUUCACCCCAAGAUGUUAGUAAGCAUCUUAAGCUAAGUGCAGAUUGAUAUGCAUUUAUUCAUUUGGUUAUGGGAGGAUAUAUUUUACUCAGGACUAAUAUAUUCAUAGCUUUACUUUUUUUGUUCACUUCUGUAGCAUAUACUUUACAGCAUAAUCUAUUUAUAUAUUUACAGUCACAUUUGUAUGAAUGUGAGGUGAAAGUAUUUUUUUAAUAAAGAUGUUUUACAAA